AUGAGGGAAUGGAGCUUGGAAAAUGAGGUGGAAAGAUUCGUGAGCGAGGCGAGGAAAAGACAAGAUAAGAAGGACAAAACAAAUGAAGAAUGGAGAAGACAAGAAAAAGAAAAGCUCAUUGAAGAAAAGCCAAAAAAAAUUAAUGGAAAUGAGCUGGAGGAAGAACUAAAAGACAGGAAGCAAAAAAGGUUAAAAAUUGGUAUGAAUGAGGUAGAAAAAGCUGCCACAAUGAUGGAAGAAAACGAGAUUGUUGUGCUAGUGGAGACAUGGGUAAUGGAAGAUAAGGUGGAAAUAACAUGUGAGAGGCUGAGCAAAGAAUUCAAAUGGUGGGCGAAGCCUGCGACGAGAGAGAAACAGAGAGGAAGAGCAAAGGGAGGUCAUAUUAUUGGGAUAAAAAAAAAUUGCAAAUUAAAAUGGGAAGUCAGGGAAUGGAAAUACGGAAUGAUGUUGGAAGAAAGUAAGGAAAGUGAAAGUAUAAUCACAGUGUAUAACAAUGUAGGAAUGAGCAAAUUAGAAACGGAGCUAAGAAGGCAGAUAGAAGAAUGUGCAAACAGGGACGAAAGUGUGAUGAUCAUUGGGGACUUUAAUGCGAGUAUCGGAGAAGAAAACGUAACAGGAGAGGACGAAGGCAGAGUGAGGAAAAAAAGAAAAUCGAGAGACAAGACAGUAAUCAGCGAAGGAAAAAAAUUACUAAAGAUGUGUGAUGAAGGCGAUGAGCAAGAAAUAGAGGUAAGAGUGGUGGAAAGAAUAGAGUCAGAUCAUCUACCAGUGUUGGCGAGAUAUAAGGUAAAGAGAAAUGAGGAAGAGAGUAAGGAAGAAAGCUGCAUGUCAGAGGAGGAAGAGCAGGAAGAAAUUGGAGCAAAUAAGCUGAUCUGGAAGAAAGAAAAAAUACAGGAGUAUGCAGAAGCAAUGCAGGAAGCACUGACAGAAGCAGUAGAGGAAAAAAAAGAGCUUAAGUGGGAGGAUAUAAAGGAAAUAGUAAGAAAAGGGGCUGAAAAAACGGGGAUGGUGAUGAAAGGAAAGAAGGACAAAGAUACAAAGGAGAAAAAAAAGUGGUACAAUAUCGAGGGUAAAAAAAAAGAAAAGAAGUUCAGAGGAAGAAAGAAAAGAGCUGCAAGCAACAGUAUAAAAGCAAAACAAUGGGAAAAGCACUUUAGUGGUCUGCUGAAUGGGGAAGGCAAUGAAGAAUCGGAAGAAGAAGAAAAUGAGCCGUGGAAAGGAGAAGGUAGUAAUGAAGGAUCAGAGGAGCCGAAGCUCGAUGAAAUCUUCAGCAGGAGAGAAGUGAAAGCCGCAAUAAGAAAGCUCGGGAAUCACAAAGCUCCAGGGGAAGACGGGAUGGCAGCAGAAUUUAUAAAGAACAGUGCACCAGAUGUCAUUGAAUGGAUAGGCGAAAUUAUAAAUAGAAUAUGGGACAUAGGAAGUAUGCCAGAAUGA